CUGAGGGCUCUGCCGGGCCACGGCCCCCGCCCGGAGCGUCGCGGGUGAGGCGGGGGGGGGGGGCGAGGGACCCCCGGGACCCCCCCGGGACCCCUCGGAAAUCUUUCAACAUUCCCAAAAAACCCGAAAUUCCCAAUUUUUCUGCUCCAAAACCUCUGGAAUUCCACCCAAAGAUGUCCAGGAAGCAGCAGCCCAAAGAUUCCUUGGGAUUCAUCUUCGACGUUCGCUCCGGGGCCGUGCGGGCGCAGGGCGGCUGCUCCGAGAACAUGAAGGAAAAGGUGCAGGCGGUGCGGGCGGUGGUUCCCCAGCGCAGCACCACCGAGAUCCUGCUGGUGCUGCAGCACUUUGACAACGCCGUGGACAGCGCCGUGCAGGCCUUCAUGGAGGGGAAUGCCAGCGAGGUGCUCAAGGAAUGGACGGUGACCGGGAAAAAAAAGAACAAGAAGAAGAAACCCAAACCCAAAUCCCAGCCCGGCUCCGACCCCGCGGGAAAAUCCCGGCCCGGGGAGGAGGAAAAUUGGGAAAAGUCGGGAAAAUCGGGAAUUUCCCAGAACGGAUUCCACGGGAACGGCGCCGGAUCCCCGGAGCCGCUCCGGGAGAGCCCCCAGGGAGGAGCAGCCCUGGGGAACGGAAUUCCGGAUUUUCCAACCCAACCCCGGAGCGACCCCGGCGGGAAAAAACUGGGAGCGGGGCUGGAGAAGUCCCGGAAGGAGCUGCGGCGCUGCGGGGCUGCGCUGGCGCGGUGCCGGGCGCUGCUCAGGGAGGAGCUGCAGGGAUCCCUGCGCCGGCUGCGGGCGGCGUUCAGCGACAUCCACGCGUGCCUCAUGGAUCGGGAGGUGGCUCUGCUGGCCGAGAUGGACAAAGUCAAGGCGGAAGCGAUGGAGCUGCUGGCCCUGCGGCAGCGCCGAGCCGAGGCCCUGCGGGAGCUGACGGAGGCGGCGCCGGGAAUGUCGGAGGAGCAGCUCCUGGAGCUCCGGGCUGACAUCAAGCACUUUGUGAGCGAGCGGAAGUUGGAUGAGGAGCUGGGCCGGGCCGGGCGCUUCGGCUGCGACCUCGACGCCCUCAGGGGCAGCAUCGGAGCCUUCGGACAGGUUUCCCACCCCCGGCCGAGCUAUUCCAGCCGCUCCCGCUGCAGCUCCGGCCCCGCAUUCCCGGAAUUCCCAGCGGGAUCGGCCCCGGAAUUCCCGGAAUUCCCACCGGGAUCGGCUCCAGAAUUCCCGGAAUUCCCAACGGGAUCAGCUCCGGGAUCGGCCCCAGGAUCCCCCGAGGGCAGCGCGGCCCCAACGGAGCCCACACAGCUCCCCCAGCGGAGCCGGAAAUCUCCGGGAGCAGCCGGACCCCGCCCCUCCCCCCAGCGCCCGCCGGGAAUUCCCAAAAACCCCGGAAUUCCCAAAAAUCCCCAAAACCCUGAAAAUCCCAAAAACCCCGGAAUUCCCAAAAAUCCCCAAAACCCUGAAAAUCCCAAAAACCCCGGAAUUCCCAAAAAUCCCCAAAACCCUGAAAAUCCCAAAAACCCCGGAAUUCCCAAAAAUCCCCAAAAUCCCCAAAACCCUGAAAAUCCCAAAAACCCCGAAAUCAAAACCCCCAAAAAUCCCGAAAUUCCCAAAAACCACAAAAAUCCCAAAAACCCCAAAAAUCCCAAAAAUCCCGAAAUUCCCAAAAACCGCAGGAACCCCAAACCCCCCAGAAUUCCCAAACCCCCCGGAAUUCCCAAAAAUCCCGGAAUUCCCGACCCCGCCGGGCUCCGGAGCCGCCCGGGAGUUCGGGAAGCGCCGGGAAAGCUCCGCAGGAGCCGCCCCGAGGGGGCCAAUUCCUGAAAUUCCUGAAAUUCCUGAAAUUCCCGGAAUUCCGGGGUCGGGAUUUGGGAUCCCAUCCCGGGAAUCUUCACAAUUCCCACUUUGGUGCCAUUUCUCCCAAUUUUUCCCCAAUUUUUUCCCAUUUUUUUCCCAUUUUUUUCCCACUUUUUUCCCAUUUUUUUCCCAUUUUUUUCCCACUUUUUUCCCAUUUUUUUCCCACUUUUUUCCCACUUUUUUCCCAUUUUUUCCCACUUUUUUCCCAUUUUUUCCCAC